CUUUCUUUGAGAAAUUGGAACAGAAUCAAAAAUGAUGAUGGACACAUUACUUUUCGUAAAAGAAAGAAAAUAAUCAUUCUGUUUAGUGUACAAAUGAGUAAAUAUUAUGGUUUGAAAAUUAAGUUUCUGUCAGAACAUAUUAAAAAAUUAUACAAUACUGUAAAAGACAGUCAAAAUAUGAAGUCGUUUGCUUAUCUUCUUGAUUAGAUUAAAUCAAAAUUGUUUCCACUUCAAGUUCCUAUUUAAUUAGAUAUCAAUGAAAGUAAUGAAUUAGAAACGACUGUGUGUGCGAGAUGUCUAUUUCUAACUGUAGUGAAGAUGAGGAUGUGUAUCCACUCCACGAGUGUAUAUUUAUUGGUGAUGUUCGCAAACUCUCGUCGUUACUAAGAAAUCAUGAUGUGGCUCGCAAAGACAAACACGGGAAUACAGCGCUGCACCUUGCCGUCAUGCUCGGCCGCAAGGAAUGCGUGCAGCUGCUGCUGGCACACGGCGCGCCAGUCAAAGUCAAGAACCUCGCAGGAUGGUCACCACUUGCUGAAGCAGUCAGCUAUGGCGACCGCCAAACUAUUUCAUCGCUAGUGCGCAAACUAAAACAGCAAGCCCGAGAACAGAUGGAACGUCGAAGACCUGACCUCAUUAGAGCACUGGCACAAAUACAAGAUUUUUAUAUGGAACUCAAGUGGGACUUUCACUCAUGGGUGCCACUAGUCUCCAGAAUAUUACCAUCAGAUGUAUGUAAAAUAUACAAAGCAGGCUCUGGAAUCAGAUUGGAUACCACAUUGGUAGAUUUUACUGACAUGAAGUGGGAAAGAGGAGACAUAUCUUUUAUUUUUCAGGGAGAGAAACCACCUAGUGAAUCACUUACUGUUUUAGAUAACAAAGCUAAGGUGUACCAGCGAGUACGCUAUGAAGAAACUGAAAAUGAAAUAGAAGAUGAAGUAGAUAUUCUUAUGUCAAGUGAUAUACUGGCUGCCCAAAUGUCAACCAAAGGAAUAGCAUUUACAAGAGCACAGUCUGGGUGGAUAUUUCGAGAAGAUCGCAAAGAGACUGUGGCUGGCUUAUACAGAAGUGAUAUUUAUACCAUCACAGGGCUUGUAUUGGAAUCACGCAAACGAAGAGAACAUUUAUCAACAGAUGAUCUCCAGAAAAAUAAAGCUAUCAUUGAGAGUCUUACUAAAGGAAAUACACAAAAUUUAGAUACAAAUGGAGAGCCCACACGUCGUGCAUCACUGAACCCUCCUCCGGAGAGCAAUAUAGAUUGGGCUUCAUACAUAUCAUCUCCACCUGGCCUCUAUCCUAGCUUAGGCAGAGAGCUUGUUUACAAGGAAUCCUCUCGCAAUUUCCGUGCUACUAUAGCUAUGAGUGAUGACUUUCCUCUAAGUGUGGAUAUGCUGCUAAAUGUUUUAGAAGUGAUUGCACCUUUCAAGCAUUUUGCUAAACUUCGUCAAUUUGUUGCCAUGAAACUGCCUAGAGGAUUUCCUGUAAAAAUUGAUAUACCUAUUUUGCCAACAGUGACAGCAAAAAUAACGUUUCAAAAAUUUGAUUUCCGUGAUGAUAUUUCUCCUAAUCUCUUUUUAAUACCAGAGGACUUUGUAGAAGACCCACUCCGGUUUCCUGACUUAUGACGCUUUGAUAUUCUAACACUGUUUGCAAUUGAUGAAAGGCCUAACUGGCGGCGCGAUAGUAAUUUAAGGCGACGCCGUAUAAAGCGAAAGCCACGAUGUAAGUCGUUGAGGAAUAGCCUACUCACUAUUGAAUUCCCAAUACCUAUUGGUCUGGGUAGUUACUAUUCCAGCCAUUGUGUCCUUUUCGUUGAAUAGCUAAAUUCAAAGUAGGAAUGUUAAAUUUGUGGUGAAUUGUCAUGUGCAUGUAGUAUUUUUGAUCAACAGUGUUAGAAUGAGAAUUAUCUAAUGUAUUUCCUUUAUUGUUUUUACUUACUGAUACAAAUGGCUCAUGUUUUGAUUAUUAAAUUAUAGAUUGUUUUUAAUUUAUUUUUUACUUUUAUAUAUUACAAAAACAAUUUAGUGAUUUAAUUUUAGAACAUAAUUACAAGUGACAUUUUUAUUUGUAUUGCAAAAUGUGGUUGCAUUUUUGUUUUGUUUAUAUAUUUAUUGUUCAGAAUUAAAUGUUGUGUAAAAUGAUGCAAAGAGCACCCUGAAUACUGGCCCUAAAUUAAAAAUAUCUUUGCCUGGCCUCGGUAUUAGCACAUAAUGUAGUCUGUGGCCUACAUCCUUUGUAAGGAACACGUAAGAUCACUUAGGUACUAAUUUAGCUGUAAUAAAGUGCAAUUUGGAGCUCUUUCAUGAACGGUACCACAUAUUUUAGAAACAAGACAGUGCUCAUUGUAUGGAUUUGAGCUUAUGAAAUAGUUUUUGAAUUAGUUACGCCACAUAUAUUUCAUAAGGUAGGUCAUCAUUAAUUUAUUAUUAUUAAUUCUUUUAAAUACUUUCAUAUACAAUACUACAAAUUUUUGUAUCUAUAUAUCAAUAGUAACUGAGGUUUAAGGCUAAGAAAUUUGAUUUAAACCUUGUGCCUUCAAGAUUUGGUUAUUCAUAAGUAGGUAGUUGUGUUAAAAUAUUGUUCUAUUCAAUUAUUUUACUAUUUUGAACUGUUUUUUUCAAGCGACACAUUUAUUUAUUACUUUGAAAUAAUGUAGUCAAUGACCACAAAAUUGUAUAGGUCAUAUUUAUAUGUACCUAGGUACCUAUAACCACAGGUGUUCCUUUGUAAAUAUCAAAAUUAUUGAAUGUAUAUCAUCCUUUUAGAUUUAUUGAAGUUUGAAAGCACAGAUUGUACUUAUUUUUACUGAAUUUAGCACAUAGUUUAAAGUAGAAGACAUGCUUUAGUAGUCGACUUGCGCAAUAGAUUCCUUAUAAUAAUAUUUAGUAUGACAAUAACUUGUAAACAAUCCCACCAAAUAUAAGAUUUUGAUUUAUGUAUGAAAGAAAAACCAUUAUUUCUUGCCAAUCAUGUUUGUUAACCAGGAUAAAGACAUUAUGUAUGAAACAAACUACCUGUAAAACAGAUAUAUGAAAAAAAUGUUGUAAUAAAUUUUAAAGUAAUA